CGUUUUGCACUUACCAAAUAUCAUAUCAAUCAAAAAUUAAGAAACUUACUAGUGCUAUGCGAUACGAUACGAAGUGAGUAAUUGCUGACUAGUAAAAUGUUAUAUGACACGUUCUCAGUUGAUACAACCAUAAAUAUCUGCGACAAAUAACUUCUUUUAUAAAUUAAUAAUUUAUAAAAUGGGUAAAGGAUUUAAUAAUUAUAUGUGUAAAAAGUUUUUCCAUCCUGCGUCGCGGGAUAACCUGAAAAGAGUAUGGAUGGCUGAACAGCAGGCAGAAGCAUACAAAAAGAAGCAGGAAGAAUUGAGAAAUCAAUACGAGAAGGAACAAAAUCUACACGAAAACAAAGCAAUGCUCAGUAAUGAAAGCAAAGAUAAGUUAAGUGUUAACUUUAUGUACGAACCUCCGCCAGGAGUACGCAAAGAACGGGAGAAGGAUGACAACGAACCAGAGUACAAAUUCGAAUGGCAGCGAAAAUAUAAUGCCCCACGUGAAUCGUAUUGCAAAGGGGACACUGAGAUUCGUGAUCAACCGUUUGGUAUCCAAGUACGCAAUGUCCGAUGUAUUAAAUGCCAUAAAUGGGGUCACAUCAACACAGACAAAGAAUGCACUAUGUACAGUAUAUCAAUGAGUGAGGCUCGAAAAUUGCAUUCGGAAGCAGAAGCCGCCGAUGUUAUGGCCAAAAACGUUUUAGAAGAACAAAUGAAAAACGACGGCUUAAUGAUGAAACGUUCAGCUAUGGAAAUGCAGAAUAUUGGUAGCCAACAACGCACUUUAGUUCCCAGCGACCCAGAUGAUGAAGUUAGUCAAGAAGAGAACGGUAAUGUCGAAAGAGCUUUUCUAAAAUCUCUCAGUAAGGAGCAAAAAGUGAAGCUAUUAAAAAAAUUAGAAAAAAUGGAAAAGCUUAAGCAAAAGGAGAUUAAAAAACGUAAGAAAGAACAUAAGAAAUACGACAAGAAAUACAAGUCCAAAAUUUCGUAUGGUUCCAAAAAUGGUUCGUGUAAGACGAGUACAACCAAAAAGUGGUCACGUUGCUCAAGUUCAGGGAGAUCAUCAUCUGCGUCCGCGGAUUUCGAGGUCGAUGCAAAUGGCGGAAUAGAAAGGCAGAAAUUAGACAAGCGUUUGCAUGAUGAUAGCAGAUCGCGAUUAUCUUCUAGAGAUGGUCGACGCGACAAAUUGCAGCCAAAGCCACAACAUAGAUAUUAAUUGUACUAUGUAAGCGAUAUUUUUUAAAGAAAAUUAUUCCGUUUGCUUUAUUAUUAAUCACAACAAACUUAUCGAAA